GUUCACUUUGUCUGGAUCCGAAAGCUUCUCAACAUGAACUUCAUCGGUGUGCUGUCCUGCCUCGGCCUGGUGCUGACUGCUGCCGUCGCCCAGGCCCCAAAACCUUGUGUCGCUCCAGCGCUGAUGAAUGGAGGCUUCACUCUGAUAGAUGCAACCGGACUCUACAUAUCCACAGGAACAGUAAGCUAUGAUGCUAUUGGUCAGAGGGUGCGGGUUAGAAACUACCCGUUUGAUGCAAAUCAGACUUCGUCAACGGACCAGCUGAUGAUUUUCAAUGAGAAAGUCUACUACGAGAUCGACUGGAGCAAAUUAUCUUGCAAGAAGAAAGCACUGGAUACCACCUUCAUUCCCAUGCAUGUUCCCUCUGAUGCCAACCUGAUGGGUCAGGUUUUCAUGGGCUCCUCUUCCUCCUGGGGAAUGGGUGUGCUGGUCAACACCUGGUAUGGAAAUCUGCCAGGCAACGGCACAUAUUCGACUGUCUUCACUGAGAUCGGCUGCAUCCCUCUGGCUUGGACUACCUACACUCCACCAUCUGGAUGGGCCACACUCAGCACCUUCAACUGGGUUGUGGGCAACACAAACCCCAUGGACUACAGCCCUCCAUUCUUCUGUGCCAAGUCUAAACUGGCCGAGACCGAGACACCAGAUACCUUCUUCACUGCCUUGCGGUCUCUGGCCAAGAAGACCAAGGUAUAGGAGUAAACAUCUGGAGCAUCUUACUAAGAUAAUAAUAAGCUAAAUUUGACUAAAAUGAUUCAAAAAUCAUCGUAGUGUGUAAUGCUAUUUACAUUAACAUGACAACUGCUAAGACCACAGACUAGACACAGGGUCACAGGGAUAUAUGUGAACAUAUCAUUUAAUACACUCUUGACACGUCACUCGACCCUGUUUGCAUAUUCAUAAUGGAGUUAAACUUACACACCUCAUUCCUUGUUAAUGCAGGUUAAAGCAAAUCAUAAGGUAGUUUGAUAGUAGGAGCAAAUGCAGACUAAGGGAGUGAAAAUUGGAGGUACAGUGAGUUCUAAGUACAGGAGACCUUUCAACAACAACGUGCGUAGCUGCAUUCCUUCUGUUUUCUAUCUCUGUCACCCUCCUCAAUAAAAUUUCUUAAAA